AUGGAUGAACGUCAUGAGCGCAUGGUGGCCUCAUUGGAAGAAGAGAUCCUGGCCCGCAUCCACGUCGAAAUAAUGGUGGUGGAAAUAGCCCAGAUCGGCACCCUCUCUGCUGACAACGAAUGGCUCAUCAAGUCAAAUAACAGUCUGACAGCUGAAGCCCAAGCAAUCUGCAAGAACUUCGAGGAUUACAAGGAUGAAGUAAAGGGCCAGAUGGAUGCCGUUUACGGCAACAUGGUUGUCCUGAAGGAGGCACAAGAGAAGACCACUACCUACAUCGUUGGCUUAGAGUCUCGACUCAAUAAUGCCAUUAUCAACGUGCCUCCCCAAGGUAUCCAACAACCGGCCAACCAAUCCAGCCAAUCGCCUCGCCGAAUUAAGCUCCCCAAUCCACCCAAAUACUCGGGAAGGAAAUCAUCGGAAAAUUUCGAGACUUGGACAAAUGAUGACAAGGACAAAAUUCGGCAGGCCAACGCACAUCUAGAAGGCGGAGCAGCUCUAUACAUGAAAGAGUAUGCAAUCAAGCUCGCCUCCAGACAAGAUGUUGGCACAUGGGCAGAAUACACCAGGAAACUGGAGAUGGCAUACAAGACACUUGACCCCAAGCACACAGCACAAUCGUUGCUAGAUGCACACUGCGCAAUCCGCCACAAGACGAUGAUUGCCUUCGCGGAGAAUUUCAGGGCCUACACCCCCAAAUCAGGAUACUUCGAUGAAGAUUUAAUUGUCAAAAUCAGGGAGCAGCAGUCGGCCCACAUUCAGACGGUCAUGUCAGUCACGGAGACUUUAGAUCCCUUCAAGAUCCCAACCACUUGGAUGGACUACCUUGAAUUCUGCCUAGAGGUUGAAAUCAAACAUCUCCAGCAGAUUUCGGGCAACAAGUCUACCGGACAAACUAUGGCAACCAAGGCGACUGCUCCUAGGGACCCUAACGCAAUGGACACCAGCACACGAAUCGCCCACGAACUUUUCCCAGAACAAGACAGGUGGCUGGCAAACAAGCUAUGCUUGUUUUGCAGAAAGCAUGCCUACGAAUGA